ACAAAAACAAACCCAAUGUCGUUACAUUUUUGGCUUUCAGAGGGGAAAUGACUCCUCAGUCCUCUUGCUUCUUCCCAUUGGUCAACUCUUACCCUCCCUUCAAUUAAAAUUUCCCUUUCUCUUGUCUCUUGUAGGGGAUGAAAGCCAUUAAGCCAACAAAACAGAUCCAGCACGGAGGACGAACGAAGGUUCUUUCGAUUUUUCUUUUUUCCUUGUAUGCCGCAUUUUCUUGUUGAAGGUUCCUGUUGUAAUUGACGAAUUCGAGCUUCCUUCUCUCUUCUUCUUAUUCUGCUACUGCUGCUCUGGUCUGGGGUUAGUUUAAUUUCCCGGGGUCUCCUUGAUUCACACCCCGUGGUUUGGCGUUUGUUCGUUAUCUCUAUGUACCUUUCUUUCUUAUUGCGUUUGGGGUAGAAGUGAGAGGAGGAAAUGGCGAGAGCCGGAGGAAUCACGAACGCGGUCAACGUCGGCAUCGCAGUGCAAGCUGAUUGGGAGAAUCGAGAGUUCAUCUCCCACAUCUCCCUCAACGUUCGUCGUCUCUUCGAAUUCCUCAUCCAGUUCGAGGCUACAACAAAGAGUAAAUUGGCAUCCCUGAACGAGAAGCUUGAUUUGUUAGAGCGCCGUCUAGAAUUGCUAGAAGUUCAAGUCAGUACAGCAUCAGCCAAUCCUUUUCUUUUUACCUGAUAUUCCCCAUCCAGCUUAUGUUAUUUAUGGUAAAAUUUUAGUCUUAUAAACAGCCUGCUAAUUGUAUUUGUGGUUAACUCUCAUCAUUUUGGAACCAGUCAGAAAUCAAUUAAUCUUUCUGUUUUGUGUUGUCACUAA